AUGAGGUACGAGGAGCUAGAUGAGGCAUGUCGCUCACUGGAGCAUCUGGCCAGCGACGCAGAAGCCGAAGGCGAAGACGCUCCCUUAAUCCCAGAUCCACCUGGUGCAGUUUCACCCCCGACUUCCUUGUCUGGAAAAGCAGUCUUGCAAGUAAUUCUACUAUGUGCAUCGGCAACUCUAACUCUGGACAUUGGUCUUACGGUUGUUCGCGCGCCGAAGAUCCGCCUGUUCGAGUCCAUUCUCUGCCAGGCAUACUAUCGAACCCACGGCAAUCCCCUCCCAGUGCCGAUGCAGAACAUUCCCGAGUCCCAAUGUAAGACGAAGGAGAUCCAGUCCGGGGUCGCGCGCUUGAUAGGUUGGCAGACAGUAUUUGACGGGAUUCCUGCCAUUUUUCUGGCCAUUCCCUACGGAGCAUUGUCCGAUUCCAAAGGCCGCAGGCCAGUUCUAUUACUAUGUUUUCUGGGCCUGGCGCUGUCGACUGCGUGGGCGUUGCUCGUGUGCUGGAUGCAGUGGCCCUUGGAAUUAACGUGGAUCUCGUCUUUAUUUCAAUGCCUAGGGGGUGGCCCGGCAGUCGCUACUGCAGUCCUGGAAGCCACUAUUGCCGAUGUGGUGCCAGAUGAUAAAAGAUCCACAAUUUACUUCCAGUUGCAGGCUACGGUAUUGAUUUCCGAUAUCCUUGCCAACCCCCUGUCAUCUGUCUUGAUGGCCCACAAUGCGUGGACUCCCUGCUUUCUAGGCGUAGGCAUUCAGGCCCUUGCUACCGUCUUGCUGAUAGCACUACCCGAAACGCUAGACUUUGCUAAGGGGUCACGACCCUCGGAUGCGUCGAUCUAUGGCUGCAAGGAAGAGGAGCCGACUCUGCGUGGCUGCUUGGCAAAGAAUUUCCGCAGCAUCGUGUCGGACCGAAACGUCGCUGGCCUGGUAUUCAGUCUUCUCAUAUUGACCGUUAGUGCGGAGUCGCUGGAUUUCCUCCUGCAGUACGUUUCACAACGGUAUGGCUGGUCAAUCGCCCAGUCGGCGAUGCUUCUCUCUCUACGGGCGGUGGUGGAGUUUGGGCUCCUACUCGUCGUGGGGUCCCUGCUCUUGUUCACCCAGAGUUCGGGGCUCCGUAAUCCCCGACAGCGUGAUCUAUUAAUUGCGCGGCUCAGUUUAGGGCUCAUAGUCGCAGGGCUUCUGAUCCUUUCGCUGUCCCCCACCGUCGCCCCGGCAAUCCUUGUCUACACCCUCGGCGCGGGCUUCCAACCAGCCAUAAUGAGCCUCCUCGCGUCUCUCUGGAAGGCGUCUAACCCUUCCAACCUCGGCAGUCUCUACAGCACCGUCGCCAUCAUCCUCGCGGUGGGCGGCGUGAUCUCCGGUCCUUUGAUCUCGCUGAUGUAUCGGAUUGGUCUUUCUUUGGGUCAUGGGUGGGUGGGCCUACCUUACUUUGUGGCUUCGGGUCUUUGUGCAGGGAUUGCGGGUGUUCUGUUGUCUGUUAAAUUACCAGAACAAGAACAAAAACCAAGGAGACGUGAGACGUGA